AUGGAGGCAAAACCUGCAUCAGAGCCUAUUAGUGCUUCAGCGGAAACGACGCUUACCUCAUCACGUUUUGGAAGGGCGGUCGCGGGUUUACCAUUGAAAACACAAUUAACUGUGAACUCUACUGAAAUAUUGGAUAAUGUGGCAACACAGUUGCUAAGGCUAUUGAUAAAUGGUACCUCAGAGAAACUCAUAUUGUUAACUUCAUCGGAUGCCAAUGCUAAAGACAGUGUUUUCCAAGCUUUAUUUUCACUGUUUAAACAAGUGAGAUUGCUGUACACAGACAAACCUCUUUUAUCUGUGGAAAACGUCGCUCCAGGGCUUUGGUUUAAAGGCGGUCAUCCACCCAGCAUAUUAAAGGGGCACGACGCUUUCAUUAUGCGUGCACUUCACAAGGCCAACUUGUUAACUUACCUGCUUACCAUUACAGGAUGCUUCCAUUACGGAUUCUCAUUUCUAGAUGAUGCGUUUAUCGAAAUUUUCUGCCCGUCUUUUGUGAAUUCCCAUGAAGAAGCGGAGAUCGCGGGGUCCGUGGGUGGUGGCAGAUUACUCAAAUUGCAAACAGUCCUGUAUUUGGAUUUGAAAACACAGGCAUACAUAUCUGCUCUUGAAGAAGCAAAUUCAAAUGAGGGCUUGACCGAGGAACUGCGUAAACGACUGCUGAACAAAAUUUUCCCGGAUGCCAUGCGUGAGUUUCUCAUUUCCAAACGGGCAAACAAGAACGUACGGCUCUCUCCGUCAGAAGAAGAUUUCGUUGCGCGAAGCGCCCGGCGCAGAGAAAAGCUGAUGAAGCAAGAAAAUCUUGAAGACCUGAUUAAAGAAUACGACUGGAUGGAUUUUUUCAAGGAGCUUUUUUUCCACGUUCAAAAGAGUUGCAUUGGCAUUAUAUGGGAUCGGCAAGACAGUGCCUCUAAAAUGACAAGCUUGACACCGAACGUCAACACUCCGACGCCAAAAUCAGGAUCCGAAAUUGUGAGCAGCAGCAUUAACGCACGGUUUGAAAUUGCAAGACAAAGAACCCCGGAACGUGAGGUUACUCCAGGUCCAGCGGUGAAAAAGCCAAAAGAAAAGAGACUUUGGCUUAAAAGUGAAGAAGAAGCGCUUGUCACUGCUUUGAAAACGCAUGGACCUGCCUGGUCGAAGAUAUUAGAACAACAUGGUGCCGGUGGCAGCAUCUCGGAGGCCCUCAGAAAUCGAACCCAGGUCCAACUCAAAGACAAAGCUCGAAACUGGAAAAUGUAUUUUUUGAAAAGUGGGUUACCAGUGCCUGACUAUCUUUCUAAAGUUACUGGCGAUCUAGAGAGAGACGAAAAAUCAAGGAAGCGCUCCAAAGCCAGGAAAAAUUCUUCUGGCAACAAAGACAAUAGAACAACUACUACAAGAUCACCAUGUAGUUCUCCAAAGGCGAGAAAAAUUGCGAGAGUUCUCGAAGUUUCUUCAGAAAAUGGAUUAAGUCCUGAACUUGUCAGCUGA